UCCUGUUGUCAAAACUGUCGUGUUUGUUUACGAAAAAGGCGAGACACUUGCUGUGAUAAAAUAUCACUUCCCUUCCAUUUGUCACGUCAUGAAAUUAAUAUAUCCAUUCUUGCAACGAUAAAGACCUGUCCUGAUAGUAUGGCACAGACAGCUCUCACCAAAGAAGAAAUUUUUAAAUGGACCCCUUUACGAUUUGCUGAAGAGACAAGUGCUUGGGAUUGGAUUGAGAAGCAGUUGGAAAAUGGAAUUUCUCUAAGAGAACUGGAAGUGACCAGAGAUAAGCUGAAGAAUAGAGAAGCAGCAGUUGGGAUUCUAACCACAAUUUGCAAGGCAGGUUAUUCAUGCCUUUUGAGAUAUGCUCUCAGUGAAGUGCCAUCUCUGGCCAACAUUUGCCUCGAACUGGAUCAGACUAGACCACUGCAUAUGGCAAUAAGACACCAUCGUCAUAGUAUUGUGCGGUGUCUUAUUAAUACUAAUGCGGAUAUAAAUAUUUGUGAUCUCUCACAGAGAACACCGCUACAUGAAGCUGUAAAAAGCAAUUGUACACAAGCAGUGAGGAUGCUACUGAAUUCUGGAGCUGACAAGGAAAUGAAAGAUAUGGGAGGAAAGACAGCAAUACAAAGAGCAGCUGAGCUUAAACAUACUGCUGUAGUCAAGUUACUUUGUGAUGCUGGGGCUGACAUAAAUGUCAGUCAAAUUUUGGAAGAGAGGCCUUUAUACAUAGCAGCACAAAUGGGAGAUGCAGAGACACUGCGCCUUCUUUUGGUUUCUGGAGCUAGCGUGUAUGAUGACAGAAAUCAGUCUGCAUUGCAUUUUGCAGCGGUAACUGGCUGUUAUAUUGCAGCACAGACAUUAAUAGAAGCAGGUAUUGAUGUCGAUAUCAGAGAUGCAGAUCAGAUGACACCACUGCAUCGUGCUGCUGAGCAUGGCAACAGUGAUAUUUGUUCAUACUUGCUAGAUGCUGGAGCCAAUAGAGAAAUUACAGAUAAACAUGGGAAAACCCCGUUGCAGUAUGCAGCUCAGAAGGGACAGACUACUGUGGUGCAACUUUUGUGUAAACAAUGUGUAGAUUUCAGUGUUAGUGAGCAGUCAAGGAAGAUACUGUUCCUUGCAGCAGAGAGUGGCAAUCAGGAAACUGUGCAGUUACUGCUACAUCAAUUUUCUGAUACCUUUGAUGAACAUAAAUUUCAUGUUCUACUUGCAGCAGCAUGCAGGGGCAGCGAUGUUGCAGUUCAAACUCUGGCAAAAUCAGGAGUGCAUGUGAAUGCACCAAAUUUGUUUGGAAGGACAGUUCUGCAUGAAGCUGCAGGCAGUUGCAGUGCAGAAACUGUAUGCACACUGCUUGAUGCUGGGGCUGAUGGAAAUGCAAUGACCAAUGAUGGUAGCACACCUGCACAUUUUGCUGCUGCAUCUAGCAAGGCAGACACCCUGAAAUUACUAAUAGCCCAAAAUGUUGAUAUUAACAUUACAGAUAUUUCUGGAGAGACACCACUUCAUUGUGCAGCAAAAUGUGGCAGUAAAGAGUGCAUAAACCUUCUACUGGAUGCUGGUGCUGAUCCAUUCGCAAUUACUGACAGUGGUAUGACAGCAUUACACUUUGCAGCAGCAUCUGGAAAAUGUUGUGCUGUUGAGUUACUCUUACUGAGCAACAUCAGCCCUAAUGUUAGGGAUAAGAAAGAUCGAACUCCCUUACACUUUGCUGCAGCUUCAGGGUGUCUUGAAACAGUGAGAACACUUUUUGACAAAGGAUGUAAUGUAGAGUCUACUGAUAAGGAUGGUAGGACACCAUUGCACUGUGCAGCACAACGAGGACAUUCUGAAAUAGUGGAGUUUCUUUGUAAGAAAGGCGCAGAUGCCAAUGGGGGAAAGCAGGAUAAAUGGACAGAAAAACCAAUUUAUUUAGCUGCAGAAAACAACAACAUAAAGAGUGUUCGUGCUCUUUGUCAAGUGUACUCUCUUGGAUGUGAUGAAUAUAAGCGAACUGUAUUGCAUAAAGCAGCCAUGAUUGGUAAAGAUGUGGUAGUGCAGACGUUGGCAGCUGCAGGUGCUGCAGUCAAUGCACAAGACAGUCAUCUUAAUACACCUCUUUUUCUGGCUGUUGCAUGGUGCAGUAAGGACACUGUGAGUGCACUUCUACGAGCAGGGGCUGAUGUAAAUAUGACAUGUACAAAUGGUUGGACAGCUUUACACUGUGCCGCAUCUUUCCAGAAAACUCACCUUGUUCAGAUGUUAAUGGAAUGGGGUGCUGGAAUAAAUGUACAGGAUGACUAUGGACAAACACCACUUCAUUGUGCAACUGACAGUGACAGCCUGGAAACAGUAAGAAUUUUGCUUGAAUCUGGUGCCAGGAAGGAUAUCAAGGAUUGUUGGGGGGAAUCUCCAUACGAUAUUGCUAAAGAUAAUACAAAUUAUGCAUUGAUGAGACUUUUAAAAGAUUAAAAAUGAUACAGUCAUAGUAUUUCAUUGACUUAUUGUACAAAGACUGGCACUGAACUUAAUCCCUUUUGUACAAAUGCACUGAUCUAUUUUGUUUAACUGGUGUUAAUCCUUCUGGGUGACAAGUAACAUUGUAUUUCUGUUAUGUGGAUUAUUAAUAUAAACGAAAAACAAUUUGUGUUGUUAUAAGAAAUGUAUUAAUCGUUUGUGUAUGUAAUACACAUGACACAUCAAGAGCUUCCAUCACUUAGUGUUCAGCUAAUUCAGUUUCAUUGUUUAUGUAACAGUAAAGUAGCUAUUGAGUUUAACAUGUUAAUCUCUCAAUUGUUUGUGGUCCAGGUGGUUAAAAAUUACAAGUUACUAGGAGAAUUCUCUUCAUUUUCUAUGAAUGCUUAAAUUUUGUUAGCACAUUUUUGUGUUGCAAUUCCACAUACAUUUUUUUAAAAUUUCAGUUACUCUAUUUUUUAUUCUAUUCUUGUUGAGAAUUGCACGAAAGAAUCAAUUGAAUUUAUAUUAAAGAUUCAUUUUGUAUUUGCCA